AUGGCUAUGGCAUGUGGAGUAUGCUCCAUGCAAGGACAUGCGACUGAUCAAUGCCCACAACUCAUGGGAGGUGAAGAAUGGGAGCAAGCCAACGCCAUAGGUUUUCAAGGAGGCCAAGGAGGACAAAAAUACGAUCCAUUCUCCAACACCUAUAAUGCUGGACUUAGGGAUCAUCCUAACUUUAGGUGGAGGAAUAAUGACAAUGUGCAAGGACCUCCUCAAGCUCAGAACUUCAACCGUGGACCACCAGGCUUUUAUCAGAAGCCUCAGGCUUUUCCUAACUCUACUCCUUUUAAUAAUUCUCAAAGUUCUAAUAAUGCUGCUAAUUAUGAUGAGAUUAUUAAAACUUUGACUACUUCUACUCAAUCCUUAUUGCAGACUCAACAAAAUACUUUGAUCCAGAUGAACACCAUGAGCAAGGAUGUUGAGGAGUUAAAGAAGCAGAUGGGUCAAAUGAUAGGUGCCAUGAACAAAUUCCAUGAGCAAGGAAAGCUCCCAAGUCAAACAGUUCCAAAUCCAAGGGGAGGAUUCGAAACUGCCAAAGCUAUCACCACCAGAAGUGGCAAGACCCUUCGGGAUGCCCCAAAAGCCCAAAAGGAUGUCCAUAUGGAUGUUGAAGAAGAAGAAAAGGACCCUGCAACGUCCAAGAAGGAGUUGAAGGCAUCACCUAACUCUGAGCAACAACUGAAACAAAAAGGUAAUGAUUCUAACUUGUCAAAUUCAGUUGUUGCUAACUACUCUACUCCUAUGCCUUUCCCAAAUAGAUUUGCUCACUCUAAAAAGGAUGAAAGUGAGAAAGCUAUCUUGGAGACAUUCAAGAAGGUCCAAGUGAAUAUACCUCUUCUUGAGGCCAUCAAGCAAGUUCCAAAGUAUGCUAAGUUCUUGAAAGAGCUAUGUACUACAAGAAGGAGGCUGCGUGAGAAAGAGGUAGUGAAGGUAAGUGAGAACGAGGGAGCUAAGCCAAGUAGAGAGGCUCAACGUCGUCUAAAUCCCCCAAUGAAGGAAGUGGUGAAGAAGGAGGUCAUCAAACUCCUCGACUGUGGCAUCAUAUAUCCCAUCUCAGACUCCAAAUGGGUGUCACCGGUCCAAGUGGUGCCUAAGAAGAGUGGAAUCACAGUUGUGAAAAAUGAACAAAAUGAGCUUGUGCCCCAAAGAACCGUAACUGGCCACAGAGUCUGCAUUGAUUAUAGGAAGCUCAACACCACCACAAGGAAAGAUCACUUCCCUUUGCCAUUCAUCGACCAAAUGCUUGAGAGGUUAGCUGGUCAUUCAUUCUAUUGUUUUCUUGAUGGAUAUUCUGGUUAUAAUCAAAUUGCAAUUGCUCAUGAAGAUCAAGAGAAAACAACUUUUACUUGUCCUUUUGGCACGUUUGCAUAUCGUAAAUUACCCUUUGGUCUUUGUAAUGCCCCUGGUACCUUCCAACGUUGCAUGCUUGCUAUUUUCUCUGAUUAUAUUGAAAAAAUCAUUGAAGUUUUCAUGGAUGAUUUUAGUGUUUUUGGAAUGAGCUUUGAUGAUUGCUUGCAUAACUUGGAUUUGAUUUUGAAACGAUGCAUUGAGACCAACCUUGUUUUGAAUUGGGAAAUGUGUCACUUCAUGGUGACACAAGGUAUAGUGUUAGGUCACAUUGUGUCUGCUAGGGGAAUAGAGGUUGAUAAAGCAAAAGUAGAUCUUGUGCGCUGCUUACCCUCUCCCACUUCUGUGAGAGAGGUUCGUUCUUUUCUAGGACAUGCAGGGUUCUACAGGCGUUUUAUCAAAGAUUUCUCAAAGAUCUCAAGGCCCUUGUGCACACUUUUGCAAAAGGAUGUGGUGUUCAAGUGGACAAAAAAGUGUCAAGAGGCAUUUGACACAUUGAAAGCAGCCUUGACAUCUGCUCCUAUCAUGAUGCCUCCAGAUUGGACUCUUCCCUUUGAAAUCAUGUGUGAUGCAUCAGACUACGCGGUUGGAGCUGUUCUUGGACAAAGGAAGGAAAAGAAGCCUCAUGCCAUAUACUAUGCCUCAAGGACAUUGAACGACGCCCAACUCAACUACUCAACAACUGAGAAAGAACUCCUUGCCGUGGUCUUUGCACUAGAUAAGUUUCGUUCAUACUUACUUCAAACUAAAAUUAUUGUUUACACUGACCAUGCUGCUUUGAAGUAUUUGUUGUCAAAGAAGGAGGCGAAACCUAGGUUGAUUAGAUGGAUUCUCUUGCUUCAAGAGUUUGAUAUCGAAAUCAAGGACAAGAAAAGGAGUGAAAACGUGGUAGCUGACCACUUGAGUAGACUUGUGCAUGAGGAGGAUGUCCUGCCCUUAGAAGAGAAAUUUCCUGACGAACAACUCUUCGGAAUUGAGGUAAGUAUGCCUUGGUAUGCUGAUAUUGUGAAUUAUCUAGUAACUAGGCAAAUCCCAAACACUUUAACUCGUGCUCAUCAAGAAAAACUCAAAAGUACUGCUAAGCAAUAUGUGUGGGAUGAUCCUUACUUGUGGAAACAUUGUUCUGAUGGUUUGAUAAGACGUUGUGUGAAUGAAUCUGAUAGGCAAGCUGAAGUGUCCAACAGACAAAUCAAGCAGAUUUUGGAGAAAACUGUUGGACCAUCUAGGAAGGAUUGGAGCCAACGAAUUGAUGAUGCAUUAUGGGCAUAUAGGACAGCAUAUAAGACGCCUAUAGGGAUGUCACCCUUUAGGUUGGUGUAUGGGAAAGCAUGCCAUCUACUCGUGGAAUUAGAGCAUAGGGCAUGGUGGGCGGUUAAAGCCUUCAACAUGGACCUGGAUGAAGCUGGUUUGCAUAGGAAGUUGCAAAUCAAUGAGUUGGAGGAGAUACAGAAUGAUGCUUAUGAGAGUGCACGCAUUUACAAAGAAAAAACGAAGGCUUUUCACGAUAAGAUGAUUCGUGGGAAAUCCUUUGUGGUUGGUCAGAAAGUUUUGUUGUUCCACUCUCGCCUCAAACUCUUCCCAGGUAAGUUACGAUCUAGAUGGGUUGGACCUUUUGUUGUUACUCAUGUUUUUCCCCAUGGUGCAGUUCAAAUAAAGAGUGAAGUAACAAAGAAUGAGUUCAAGGUGAAUGGACAUCGGCUCAAACCCUAUUAUGAAGCAUUGGUGGGCAAAAAGGUGGAGGAAGUACCCCUCCAAGAUGCACCACCUUCUGAGGCUUAAUUGACGGUACACGUCAGGCUGAAAAGACGUUAAAACAAGUGCUCAUUGGGAGGCAACCCAACUUAUUCAUUUUUUUUAUUUUUGUUAGUUCGUUUUAAUGUGUUUUGUGAAUAUGCAGGUGCAAACAUUAAGAAAGGCAAGGAAAUUUCCUUCCUUCUCUCCUCCCAUCAUCACUUCUUUUGGAGUCCAUAUUGCACGGAGCUUACGUUUUGGAAGUCAAGGCCUUGUGCCUUGAAGUUGGUGUCUAACUUCGGUCUUCUCCAUAGGUCGUGAGCAUUGGGAGGUCUUCAAGGGGGAGCUUUUUUAUAAUCUUUCUUAUUCUUUCUACUUGCCUUUUGGAUUUUCCUUCUCUAUGCUUUUCUUGUGCAUUGUGAGUUAUAUUGCCAUACAUUGAGGACAAUGUCUAAUUUAAGUGUGGGGGCAUUAGGGAAAUACAAAUUUGUCAAUUUGUUUUUGAGUCAUAUUUGAAAAAAAAAAAAUCAAGAAGAAAAAUUGAAAAGAAAACUCUUGGGAAGUUGUUGAAGUGUGGUUUUGGACUUUCAAAUUUGUAGAAGGCUCAAAGUUGAAAAUUAGGCCUUUGUCCAUUUCCAUGUUGGUUAAAGUGAAAGUUGGGCCCAAAACAAUGAUAAUUUGCCCAUAAAAAUGGUGACAUAAGAUUCAGCUAUUUUUAUUAAAAAAAUAAAAAAUAAAAAAAUAAAAAAAUGUUGGUUUUAGAGUCUUUUUUUUGUUUGUUUGAUUCUUAGGAUGCUCUUAACGUCUAGGAUGAACAUGUCUCUGAAUUCAUGGCUGAAGGUUUUCACAAUCGAAAUAGGACUUAAUUGAAUUCUGUGGUUAAUCGACAUUGUGAUACUUGUAUGAAGAUUUGAGAUAGGAUUGUAACUUGGUUCAUAAAGCAUGCUAGGAUUAAGUCUAAUUGAAUUAACCCUAAGUGAGCUAUUGAGCUAAAAUACUUUCUUUUCGAGUGCUUAUUGAUAAAUUCAGAAUUUCAUGGCUGUAUUUGCAAAACCUCAUCUUUCUUUGAAAAUCCAAUGAUCAUGUGCCAUAGAUCUUAAUGGACUAGAGAAUACUAGAACUCGACUUUUGUGACUGUCAAAACUUGUAUGCCAUAAUAUGCCCUGAUCUUGGAUAGGAUAGAAGGCAUUAGGGUAACCACCAUAGCCAAACAAGCAUGUGUCCCCAAUAGUGCCCGUCGUGGGACCCCUUAGAAUGAACCCCUUUGAGCCUACGUUGAAAACCUUUGUUUCAUCACCCUCACUACCCUACCAUGAGCUUAGUACAGGAUAUCUCUACCCUUGUGCUAGGGACUUAGUAGAGCAUGACAUAAUGUGUAGGGGUGACGAUGAAAGACAAGUGUGGGGUGGAGAAAGCCCCAAAAAAAAAAAAAAAAAAAAAUCAAGAAGAAAAAUUGAAAAGAAAACUCUUGGGAAGUUGUUGAAGUGUGGUUUUGGACUUUCAAAUUUGUAGAAGGCUCAAAGUUGAAAAUUAGGCCUUUGUCCAUUUCCAUGUUGGUUAAAGUGAAAGUUGGGCCCAAAACAAUGAUAAUUUGCCCAUAAAAAUGGUGACAUAAGGUGGUCCAUAUAUGCUCUGCUAGGUCCUUAGGAUUUUUGUAUCCUUAAUCUUCAUUUCAAAAAAAACCCUAGCUUAGCCCCAUUACAACCCGUUUCAAGUCCUUACUUGAUCCUUGAGAUGGGCAGCCUUUGGUUAGUGGAGUCAGUUACAAAGUCGAGCUUAUGGUUUAGGUCCAUUUGUGCACUUAGUCAUUUCUUGAGGUCUUUAAAAAAAUUCUUCACAAAAUGCUUUUAUUGAUGAAAUAUGCAAGCUGUUUGUUGCCUUACAAUUUGUUCUCUUGCAUAUACUUGAGUGUGAAGCUUUUAAGCAUAGCCAUUUCUGAGAGAAAAAUCGAGAGUAUGCCUUGUAAGUUUGGAUUGGACUUGUCGAAACAUGCUAUCAUUCACUGUAUAACUUAAGUUCUCCAUAUCUUACUUAGUCAUAUGAGUGUCACAUGUUUAUUAACCUUGGAAUUAUCUAUGUGAUUUUGAUUAAGUGUUUAACGUGAAAGCCAUGAGUUUGAUAUCUCUGAGACAACAGUUAGGAGCAGUAGAGUCAUUUACUUGCUUUUUGUCAAGUCUUUGUUCUGUUUUGUAUUGUUGUUUUUCUAAGGGACUAGCAAAAGCUAAGUGUGGGGUAAUUUGAUAGGAGCAUUUUAAUGUGGUAUUUUAAUAGUUAAUUCCUCACAUUUUGCUUAGUUAAUUCCUUAACGAAUCGAUUUUUAACUUAAUUUCUAUUUUUUAGGUACAUUGGAGUAGAUGAUGAUGAAAUGAGCAUUAGGUCCAUAAUUACCUAUAAAUGAUGGAGAAAAAUGGAAAUGCACUAAAAAUGUCAACUUUACACAUUUUCCUACUCCGGCUAGGAGAAACCAAGCCAAGCAAGGAAGAAGGAGCGACCACCUGACCAAAUGAACUUCAAAUGAGCUGAAACCUUCCAGAUCCAUUCUAGACAUCCUAAGAAACAUUUCUUAUGAAGAGUUCAAGAGCCAAAUAGAAGUGGAAUGCCUUCAAACAGUCAGCCCAAUUUUAUGCAGAAGCAAAACUGGAAAACUGGACCUGUAAGGAGUCCAGCAGCGAUUUCGGCCCAAUGGCAUGGAAAUAAAUUCUGAAAAUUUGACACAAUGAUCUACACUCAUGGUGGAUCAUUUCAUAUGAAGAAGUCACGGGCAAAAUCUGAAGUCUUGGUGGAGAAUUAAUUGAAGGAAAAAUGAGUAGAAAGUGACUCAAACCUAACAAAUUCCAUUAGUGUUUAAAUAUUCAAACCUAACAAAUUCCAUCAAUGUUUAAAUGCUCAAACCUAACCCAUCAUCAUUUGUUUAAAGCCAAAUAGUUUUGCUUGGUAGCCUAUAAAUAGAGGCUACAACAAAGAAGAAAAGAACACAUUCCUUGAUCCAUUUCAUCUCCUUGUCUCACCAUUUCCUCUCCAUUUUCCUUAGUUAUCACUUCCUCUCUUCUCAUUCUCUCACACACCUCUUCCAUCACAUAUGCACACCAUCCACUGCCCUAAUUCAGAAACCACACCUCCAUACUCUCCCCUCAUCAUAGCUCACGAGAUCCCUACUCCAAGGAGAAGCCGUAGCCUCCAUCUUCCAUCAAAUCAUCUUCCAUCAUCUUGUCGUACUCCUGCUUUGAAGACGCCUCAAGCUUUCUUGAAGAAUAAUCAAAGUGAGAUCGUGAUAUCUACUACUCUCUACGGUUUAUUCCUUUUGUACUUUUCGAAUUCAAUAUGUAUAUGGUUUUGGAUUUCCAAACUAUGAGUGAGUAAUUUUCUUGUUGAGAACUAGUAUGAAAUCCUAGUUAUGUGAUGGACUUUUAGCUUUUGAAUCUCUUUUUCGAUUACAAGGUUUUGUGAAUGCUUUGUUUGAUUUUAUUUUAUAAAAUCUUUUAUAUGUUUAUGUCUUA